AUGAGACCCCUCGACACUGCCGUUGUAGAGCCCUCGACCAAUACAAAGCUGAAAAAGAGAAAUGAAAGUAUUUCAAAAUUUCUGACUUACAUAGAGGGUACAGAGAAAGCCAAACGAUGCACUGAUGAGGAUACGCUCGCGGAACUUAUAAAGGAAUAUAAUCUUGAACGAGAGCAUAUUCCAACACAGAUGAUGAAGUGUCCCAUGGUUUGUAAAGCGAUAAUGUCAAACAUGAAAGCCGAAGCGAAGGUGCGCAAUAUCAGUUUGAUGUCUUCUAAAGGCCUUUGUAACGAGGGGUCGGAAUGUGAAAAAGAAAUCAUAGCGAUACUUAGUAACGAGAAAGCUUUACACGAUGAAAGAGUUCAUCCAAUCAGAAUUCUUAUUGCUUUAUUGUCGUACCAAACUGGCGAAAAAUCGGAGAAAACUAGAAGUAAAAACGGUAAGGUCAAUAUCCGUCACCUUAAAUGGGAUGUGAACCAAAACAUCUGCCAGGCGCUCAAUGCAGCCUUUUAUCAAUCAUUCAUUACCGUCCAGUCGAGUGAAAAACGCUUCUUAAUAGCGAUUUCCUGUAGUGAAGAUAUGGGUAAACCAUGCAAUGGUUGUCCUGUAAUUAACUGUAAACAGGCCGCAGCGGCGAUAAUGAUGUUGACUAUUCGCACUGAAAGAAAUUGCAAAGUUGUUGGAUUCUCUGAUGGUCUGAAAAAAAUAAUCAUUGAUAAGAACGAGUCACUCGAGGACGUCACCCAGAAAAUAAGUGAAUCAAAGGGCAGUGAAACUAAUGCAUCUAUUCCAGUUCGCUGGGCUCUGGAAAAGAAAAAGGCAUUUGAUGUUUUUAUAGUAUAUUCAGACAACAAAACAACAGAGGGGAAUCAGGCAAUUGAAGCUCUAACGGAAUAUCAAAAGGAAAUGAAAAUGCCUAAUACAAAAUUGAUCGUAGUUGCGAUGUUAGCCACUGACAACAUUAUUGCAGAUAAUCACAAUCCUUUCAUUCUGAACAUUGUUGGUUUCGACAAAAAUACUGCAGUGCUCAUACAAGAAUUCGCCACCUCAGAAAUCUGACUUAACGGCUUAUUUUGCUUAUAAUAAACGAUCACUUGGCUUUUCUAUCGGUCCAUGCUUGAAAGAAAAUAAUCUUAAUUUGAACAAUUGAUUUGACAGAUGUGGCUACAGUUUUAUUUAGAGAAGUAUAAGUGCAAAUAGAACAGAAAAACGUUUGUAGGAAUCUAUUUAUAAAUAAACAACGUACGAACUCAGAAAUGUGUAUCUCAAUAUAAUAACCUGACACAAAAGCAACGCUGAGCUCAUAUAAAUGCAUUUAUGAAAUAUGGUUUGAUCUAUUUAGUUAACAUGACAUCUACGGUGUGAAAUUAUUAUUCGUCUUUCUCAACAAAACAUAAUGUAAAUAGACAAAUUAUACAUGUAUGUAUGUUGUGAAUGUUUUACUUUUCACUUUUAACCAUAAAACAUUAUGCUAUAAAAACAUAACUGCUUUCGAAUCUAAUAUUAUUUGCUUUAGGAAAGUUCAUUUUUUGCUUUGUUGGAAGGAAGAAAUGUUUUCAGAUAUAAUCAAGUUUUAGGUUUCGUCAAUCCAAUGUCAUACAGGCACACUUUGGGACGUAACUUCUGGCUCAGCGCUUUAUAAAUUAAAAUACUAUUCUAAUGAAGUUCUUGAACAUGCGCUACUGAAAAAAGUGUUUGAUCAAAUUUUUUCAGUUAU